AUGAUUGAGGGUUAUUCCCCAGCUGCCCUUGUGUGCAUGCCAUAUGGGAUCCUGCAGGACUUUCAGGACUUUCACAGAGUUGGAAAGGCCCUGGGACAGUUGCUUGAGGCAAGACACUGUCAGCACCACGUGAUUCAAAGCAAGUCCUUAGCUGAUGGCCAGAUCGAAGGCUGGAAUCAGAGGAGAACCGUUCCCUCUGGAGGCUCGGGCUGCAAGCGCCCCUGGUGGCCACCACCUCCCCGGUGUCGAAGCCCGGCUGGCUUUUCGGUCGGAGCAGGCGGAGCAGGCCGCACAUCGCCUGGGGACAGCAGGCCAGGCCGCCAGCCCAGCGUGAGCCCUGACCCGAGCCUCGGCAGGCCGCCGGGGGACAUGGACAAAGCCCUAGUGGACGCGGAGCCCAAGGCCGCACAGGCCCAGCGUCCUGAGAGCACCACGCCCAGGGAGUCCCGGAAGGCCAAGAAAAGACCCCAGCGUUUGUUGACGGUUCCAGCCAGCCUGAUUAAGUUGCGGUCUUUCUCAAAGGAAGGAAACGAGGUUGAGGCCCCGCUGCCUGCUCGCAAGAAACGACGAGAACGGAAAGAAAGUUCGGAAGGGUCCUGUGGAUGGGGCUGUGUCGUUAUUCCCAUCUGUCAGCGUUUUAACAACAUCUACUGCUUCCUGAUUUUCUAUUGCAUCCUGGUCACCUCUCAAGGUAUUGUGUUUGGUCUUAUAGAUCUGAGCAUUGACUCUUUUGAGAAGGACAAUCAACUGAAAACCAUUGAGAGUUUAAUGUUGUCAUUGGGUUAUGAUAUUUCAUCUUGCCUGGUGGUAGUGUUUGUGGCAUACUAUGGAGGGAGAGGAAAAAUACUAAGAUGGAUUACAGCUUCUUCCUUUUUAAUAGGAUUUGGAUCACUUUUAUUUGCUUUUCCAUACUUUAGUGGUGAAAAGCUUCCACUGAAUGUAGAAACUGAAGAUAUUUGCCAAAAAAUGAAGAUUAUCAGAACUUGCGGGAAAACCUCAUCAUCAUUCAAAUCAAAAUAUGUAUCUUUCUUCAUCCUUGGACAGUUUGUGCAGGGAAUUGCAGGAAUUCCUCUUUAUGUCCUUGGAGUAGUCUUUCUUGAAAACAACGUUGCUGCACACUCAUCUGGUACUUAUCUAGGCAUUUUGGAAGCUUCAGAAAUAUUUGGAUAUGCUUUGAGUUAUGCAACAGGAGCAUCUGUAAUUAAGGCCUCUAAGAAUAGUACUUCUGAGGAAAACGUUGAAGACAGUAGGGAUAAUCUAUAUUGGCUGAAGACCUGGUGGAUUCAUUUUGUUUUUGUCUCACUUAUUGCAUGGUCUGCGUUAAUACCACUGUCAUGCUUUCCAAACAAUGUCCGAGGUACAGCAAAGAUAAAAGCUGGGAAACGUAAACAGCCUAAAGAUCAAGAAUUUGGAACUAGUAUCAAGGAUUUAUUUGCUACUGUUUGGGUUCUGAUGAAGAAUUCAGUGUUGGUGUGCCUAUCUCUGUCCAGAGCUUCAGACUCUUUAGUUAUGAUUGGAGUUUCUGAAUUUUUGCCUAUAUAUAUAGAAAAUCAGUUUAUGCUAACACGCAGUGAUGCAACUACACUUGCAGGACUUGUUUUAAUUCCAGCAGGUGCAGUUGGCCAUCUUCUGGGAGGUGUCAUUGUUUCCAAAUUACAAAUGUCUUAUAAAGGUCUUAUGAAAUUUAUGAUAGUUACAUCUGCUAUAUCACUUGUACUACUUGCAUUUAUAAUUUUUAUACGCUGUGAUCCAAUACCAUUUGCUGGGAUCAGUGAAGAUUAUGGCGGAACAGGGCAGUUGGGAAACCUGACAGCUCCUUGCAAUUCUCAUUGUGGUUGCUCAUCUACAGUUUAUUCUGCUAUAUGUGGAAGAGAUGAUAUUGGCUAUUUUUCUCCUUGCUUUGCAGGCUGUACAAAUUUUAAAGCACUAGGCAAUCAGAAGGCAUACUAUAAUUGUUCUUGCAUUAAAGAAGGAUUAACAACCUCAGACGGUCAAGGUGAUUUUAUUGAUGCUAGACGUGGGACAUGUGAUGCAAAGUGCUAUAAAUUACCUUUGUUCAUUGUUUUUGUCUUUUCUACAAUUGUAUUUGCUGCUUUUUCUGGUGUACCAAACAUCCUGGCCAUCGUUCGGAUCGUAUCUGACAAACAACGGGCUAUGGCCUUGGGUAUGGCCUAUGUGAUUUUGAGAAUAUUUGGGAGUAUACCUGGACCAUUAGUUUUUAAAAUUAUAAGAGAAACUUCUUGUAUCUUUCGGGAUGUUGGACGCUGUGGAAACCUAGGAAGCUGUUGGAUCUAUAACAGGACAAAAAUGGCCUACCUAUUGGUUGGAGUAUGUUUUUUGUGCAAAGUAUUUACUAUCUUCUUCACUGCUAUUGCACUUAGGCUACAAAAACACUUACCAAAGGAAAACAGUGAAAUACUGCCUACACUUGUGAAGCAUCUCAAAGUAAAAAAAAGGGAAAAAAGUGACUUAUAA